UCACAGGUUGUAUUAUGCAUGCGCCGCACAUAGGUCAAGCCGCACGCUUGCUGUCAAAACAUCUUUUCAAAGCCUCGUGGCUAUUUGCCGAACACCGGGGUUUCGCCUGAGGUCAGCAAGUCAGCAAGCAUGCCCACGUCCAAUUAUGGUUCGUCCUGUUUAUAAAAAACCGUUGACUGGACCCUGCAGCGGCUCUUCUUCUCACGCUUUGACCAAACAAAGUCUCUCGACCGGUAUUAUGUUCAUCCUGCAGUACGUCAAUGCGCAAUUGACACUGUCUACUGCCCGUCUAAUUCGUUUCCAUCACCUCCUGUACAAUGGAUACGAAGUCACUCAUCAACCCGAGACAAUGUUGGUGCCCGGGCAAAUGCGGCUAGCACACAAAUUUCAGGGCGGAACUGGCAGCGGAACAGUGCUAACCGAUGCCAAGGUACUACCUUUUCUUGGAAGAUAUUUCCGGGCGAACCAUGUUGGACAAUCUUACUGGGCGUUACAGCUCUGCCCCUCCAUAAUAGGCCAGCGGCAUUGCGUCCGAAGAGUGCAAUAUUCCAAACGUCACUUUGUUAUCAUUCUACACUCUACAAUACUUCAGCUCCGAUCUGAUUCGUCACUAUCUCGCCUGCCUCGAACCUACAGCGAGGGGCAUCCUGGAUAGUGGUUCGUUGUUAGCAGGUCAGGCGAGCAAACAACGCGCACCUUGAGUGACAACAAAUGCAGCAUUGCAUUAGGACUGCAUUGCAUCUUCCUGCUAGACAAUCUGACUGCGCCGCACGUUUCCACUAGACAUAGGUAAUAUCGACGUCUACCAUACAGUAGCGUGGCCCCAUAUGCAUUGCCUAAAUCCGAACGAUCCCCUUAGUCUCGUCAUCUCCCAAUCUAACCAUCUGUCUCCUUGCACAUUGAUACACUAUGGGCGAUGCGUUCGAAAGUCAGACAC